GAGACGAGGACGCAGGAGGAAGUAAGGCUGCGAUGGCCACUGGCGCAUGCGCACAGCCAACAGUGCCCGGUUCGGCUUCUGCUCUUUCUUGUCCAAAAACGCCUGUUGGACCCACCGGCAGGACAUGAUGGUGGUGGGCACGGGCACCUCGCUGGCGCUUUCCUCCCUCCUGUCCCUGCUGCUCUUCGCUGGGAUGCAGAUGUACAGUCGUCAGCUGGCGUCCACCGAGUGGCUCACCAUCCAGGGGGGUCUGCUUGGCUCCGGCCUCUUCGUCUUCUCCCUCACUGCCUUCAAUAAUCUGGAGAAUCUUGUCUUUGGCAAAGGAUUCCAAGCAAAGAUCUUCCCUGAGAUUCUCCUCUGCCUCCUGUUGGCUCUCUUUGCAUCCGGCCUCAUCCACCGAGUCUGUGUCACCACCUGCUUUAUCUUCUCCAUGGUUGGUCUGUACUACAUCAACAAGAUCUCCUCCACUCUGUACCAGGCAACAGCUCCAGUCCUCACACCAGCCAAGGUCACGGGCAAGGGCAAGAAGAGAAACUGACUCUGAACAUUCAAUAAAGUUGAUUCUUUGUAA